GCGGCGCUGCCGGAGAUGGCGGAUCCCGGCACGGAGCCGGGCACGGCCCGCAGCGGCGCCGGAGCGGCGGCGACGGCCGGGGGCGCCGAGGACAGGAGCGACGGCGGCGGAGAGGCCGUUCCCGCGUCGCCGCCUCCGCCGUCCCGCUCCGCACCGACGGCCGCGGGGAGCGACGACGGGGGGAAGGCGCUGAGCGCGGCGGAGUACGCGCGGCGGGUGCACCAGUGGCUGUGGGACUCGUACUGCGGCUACCUCAGCUGGCACUGCGGCCUGCCCGCCCUGCUCGCCGCCGGCCCCGCUGCCCGCCUCGCCGCCCCGCCGCCGCCGCCCCCUCCCUCAGCCCCGCCGGGUUCCGCUCCCGCCGCCUACUACAGCCCCUUCUACCUCUUCGCCUCGCCGCCCGCCGCCGCCGCCGCUCCGGGGCCCCGCGCCCCCCCCUCGCCCGCCCCCGUCUCCUCUUGGCCGCCGGCUGCCGCCGGGCUCUCCCCGCUGCCCCGCGCGGCUCCCGGCUCCGGCGGCGGCACUGCGGCCCCGCGGGAGGCUGCGGGCCGGCCGGCAGGUCGGGAGUUCAUUAUCCCUUCGCUGGCACACAGGUUCAUAGCAGAGAUGGUGGAUUUCUUCAUUCUGUUCUUCAUAAAGGCAACCAUAGUUUUAAGUAUUAUGCACCUCAGUGGGAUAAAAGACAUCUCUAAAUUUGCUAUGCAUUACAUAAUAGAAGAAAUAGAUGAAGAUACAUCCAUGGAAGAUUUGCAGAAAAUGAUGGUAGUAGCUCUCAUCUACAGGUUGUUAGUCUGCUUCUACGAGAUAAUCUGUAUUUGGGGAGCAGGCGGAGCAACCCCGGGGAAGUUCUUGCUUGGACUGCGAGUUGUGACAUGCGAUACGUCUGUGCUCAUCGCGCCCAGUCGUGUGUUAGUCAUUCCAUCCUCUAAUGUCAGUAUGACAACGUCUACGAUAAGAGCUUUGAUCAAGAAUUUUUCUAUUGCUUCAUUUUUUCCUGCGUUCAUUACGCUGCUGUUUUUUCAGCACAACAGAACAGCCUACGAUAUUGUAGCAGGAACUAUUGUGGUAAGAAGAAAUGGGAUCAGAUGAUAUCAAAAGAUGACAGACUCCCAGACUGUUUUUGAAUACCGUUCCCAAAUGAACAAAGACCUACCCCGAAACUGACACCGAGAUGACCGUCCGAAUCUUAAGCCCAAAUUAAAGCAGAAUGAUUCUGCAGCUAAAGGAAAUGCGUUGCUCCAGAGCGGUGCCGGCAGCUACCUUCAAAGUAUUGGAGUUCUCACCAAUGCCAAAGAACUGUGAGAGAAAUGAUGUGUAUUAACUGCAGCUUGAAAUUAAGUGGCUCUCUUAAUAACUGCAGAACGCUGCUGUUCUGUUUGUCAUCCUGGGGUGAAAGCAGAUACUGAGAAAUACUCCACCUCGAAUGAGGUGUUUUUUCUGCACUUUUGGGUAUUGGAGGGAACUAACUAGAAAAUGUUUUCCAAGCAGUUGCCUGAGUUGUGUCGUUGCAGACUCUUUGAGGGGAAGGGAACUGCGGUGUUGGAGAGUAAGGCACAUUCACUGAGUUAGUGACAGGUGUGUAGAAAGAAAACAGUGUUUAUCGCUGCCUUUAUUAUUGCUUCACAGAUCAUAUUCCCUCACUUCUUAAAAGUAUUUUAUCUGAAUAUUGAUGUGACAAGUUUUUUUUGCAUGAUUAUCUUAAGUAUUGUCUUUUAUUUAAUGUGUCAAAGCUAAUGAGGUGAAAUGGUAGCUGCUUUUUAUCUGGAAAGGGCAUUUUACACUGCAGUGUUAGUGAAUUGCCCUGUAUAUAAUUUUGGAGCUGUGAACAGCACACGUAAUUUGCUUCUCUCUGGAGUGAAAGCACUUGUCUAUUUCUUGCAUAUAAUAUCAAGCAAAACAGCUGACUGAGUUUCCAGGAGCAUGCAGGAACUAUUAACUGAAACACGUGUUAUGGGUGUAAGUCUACCAAAGUACAAAUACUACUUGUUUUCUCUUUAUAUUCUGGCUAACUGUUGGUAUAUUCAGAAUAACUUAAAAUACUGAAUAAAAAAGCCUAAUAUUUUGCAUGAUUAUA